GAAAGGUCGUGAUGCUGUUUCACUUUAGAACUUCUAUCUUGGGGGAUGAAUACUCAUUGAUGCUUUAUAGCCUCUCAGUACCCAAUAAAUCAAGUGAUGCUUUGAAGAAUGAUACAACCACCAAAGAAGCUUAUUUUUCUAACUACUAUUCUAAGCGCCAAGCAAUCUUUUCCAGUUGCAGUUUGAAAGAUUUUUCGAGUGUUUGCGAAACUUUGAGGUUUAUAGAAUAUUUAGAUUUAUCUCGAAAUGUCAUCACAAAUAUUCCGACUGGAAUAGAACGAUAUGGACUGCUUACCACCUUGGAUUUAAGCUUCAACAAAAUAUUUGCGAUUCCGAACUCCUUGUGUAAACUGAGGAACCUUCGGAUACUGUUAAUUUCUAACAAUUACUUGUCAUCAUUGCCUGAAAGCAUUUCUGAACUUAAAAACUUACAGGAACUGGAUCUGUCUUCUAAUAAGUUUAAAUGCUUUCCUUGUUCAGUUUGCUCGCUUCACAGUCUGAAAGUUUUGCUGUUGGGAUGCAAUCUGAUUGAAGUUCUCCCAGAAGACAUACUUGGUCUUCGUUGCUUGAAGAUUUUGGACUUGCAUUCAAAUAAUGUAAAGCAACUACCUCUGAACAUCAGAUACAUGUGGUGCCUAGAAAAGUUAUCUCUGGAGGAAAAUCCCUUAUGCCUUCCCCUUUUAAGUAUUGUUGCCCGUGGGAUUCCAUACAUAUUUGCAUUUUUAAAUCAACAAGCUUUAUGUAAUUCUAAUAAUACAAGUUGUGAAAGAUUUCAUGAUUCGUUAACUCAAUUAUCAUCUGCUCAUAUGAUAAAUGGUUCAAAUCAGCAAAAUACUAUGAAGUUAACCGAAAGUCAUUAUGUGAAUUCAGACUCUUCUAGUCCUUGUUUUGAGAAACCCGAGGUGAAUACAGAUUCUGUUCAAAUAUCCAUGUCAAAAUCUGAAAUUACCAACCCUUCAUCAACAACUCAACACUUUGACUUGUCAACAUCGAAUAAAACAAAUGAACAAUUUAACAAUCAAAAUGUUGAUUUACAAUUGAUCAAUUAUAAUUAUGACAAGAAUUUCAGUCAUAAUGAAUCAACACAUUCUUAUAUAAAUGAAACAUUGAAAUCUGCAUCGUCAUUUAGCUCUUUGUCAACUGAUGAGAAUGAAUCUUUGACAAUGGAUAUGUUUUCUUCUGCUUAUGAAAAUGUUGUCCUCAAUAAUAAUGAUAAUGAAAGUGAUUAUGUGACAUCAAAUGAUUCACAACAAUUGACAGAGUUUAUCAAUAACUCUCAAAUCAAACAGCCUGUCUCUUCGUGUAACGGUAAUGAAAAGAAGACGAUAGUAUCAGCGGUACUGAAUGAGAGUGAUUCAACAUUAAAGUCUUCAGCUGUGCAAAAACCUAAUAGUUAUACUAGUGCAAACGAAAGAUCAUAUAAUAGUGUUAAACCAGCUAAUAAUGUCCAAAUUGAAGAUAAUUCAACAGAUCAUUCUCUUCUUAAAUAUGAUCGACGUGAUAAAUAUGGUCACAUUCCUAGUUUACCUCGUUCACGUUCUUCUAAACGUCAGCAGAUAACACAUGAUAAAAGCUUUCAUCAUAGUUCAGGUUACAUAACACCAGAUUCAUAUUUAUCAGAAAAUUAUAAUCUAUCUCAAAUAAAUGAAUAUGAUUGUCAAAAUAUGAAUCAAUAUCAUCAAAUUGAUGAACAAUCAUUGAAUCAAAUUAAUCAUAAUCAAAUAGUAUGUGAUCGUCAACAUUAUCAUCAUCAUCAACAGCAGCAGCAGCAGCAUUUACAUAAAACUGAUCAAUACGCGCAAGAUAUUAUUUCUAAUCAAAUAACACAUAAUAAUGUAACUAUGCCUAUGCCUACAGAAUGUACUUUAAAAUUUUCUAAACACUUUAAAAAUUCUCUGCAUAAUUAUCAUAAAUCACAAAUAAACGCAUAUCACGAUACAAAUAUACCACUUUCUAUUGAUUAUUUCAAUAAAGAUAUCAGUAAACAGGUUGAAAUUGAAAAUAUAAAUCAAUUGGAGUAUAUGAAAAUGAAUUCGGUAAAUAAUACCAUUAAAUGGGAUGAAUUAAAUUCUGAUAAUUUAAUUAAAAUUAAUCAAUUACGAAAAAUAAUCGAUAAAGAAUUAAAUAUUCGUCUACCAGUUAAUCCAAAACACUUAGCUAUUGAAUUAAGUACUGGUGUUAUUUUAAUUCAUUUAUUGAAUAAAUUUAUUGGCUUAACAUCAAAUAUUAAAGUUUGUGUACCUAGAAAUGAUCGACGUGAUAAUAUGCUGAGUGAAGUACUUAGAUCUUAUCGUCAAAAUUUGAGGCGUUGUCGUGAAUUAAUAUAUCGUUAUGGUGUACCUAGAGAAUAUCUGUUUUCCAUUGAAUCCAUUGUCAAUCCUCAAACUGCUAAUGGUUUAUUAUCUUUGGCUAAUUCAAUCUCUAUUUUACACAAUUUACGAAAUAAUAAAUCUUCCAUGAAUACUUCAUCAACUAAUAAACUUCAAGAAGAUUUUGAUGCAAAUACAGGCGGAAAUCAAUACAAUGCUAAAUUCUCACAAGCCCAAUCAACAUCAUCAUCGGCUUCACAACAACCGCAUCGUCAACAGCAACAAACAAAACAAUAUCAACACAUUGAUAGGACAGAAAAUCAUCGUAAAAUGUAUCAAAUUAAUAUUUGGUCAAAUUAUUUAUGUUCAGAUGUUUAAUACAAAUUAAAAUUGUACAAUUAAAAUGCAAUAUAAUAUUAUCUAUCCUUCCUUUCUCUACUACUUCAUGUUUGUAUAUUUAUGAUUGACAUUCUUUGUUUGUUUGUCUGUUGUUGUUGUGUUUUUUUUACAACAGCAAAAAUGUAAUCAUAAUUACUAUAUUUUUCUAUACAUCUAUUUGUAUUAUUGAGAAAGUUGAUUUUCUUUGAUAAGUUUAACAUGGGAACUUGAAAAAUUCCUUUACUGUUGUUGAAAAAGAUCCUUACAAUUUGUAAUGUAAACAAAAAAACACUUUUUUUUUCCGCCUAAUAUUUUAAAUAGGUUUUAUGAAUUCUCCUAACGGGAACAAUUUAAAAUUCAGUUUUUGUUUUGUUUUUUAUAUAAAAAUGAGCAUUUAAUACAUACAAUUUUGUUUGGUUCCUAAUUUUCAUUUUUACCUUUCACUGACAUUACUGAUUUAUGUGAGAUUUCAGUACAUUUG